AUGGAAUAUUGCAGUACCUGCACAGGCAGCCUUGCCUCGUCUCCGCCAUAUUCGCAAGACGCCGCAUCUUUCCCGCAGGAUCGGAGAGUCGAGUGCUGUUCCCGAGUUAUCUGCGCAAAGUGUAUGCAGGUUAGCCACAACUUGAUGCCUCUUAUCUGCCACUGCAUGGCGCAGCAGCACACGCCCUCGCCGUUACCGCAAGGCCUUCGGGAUCCUCCCUUGUACACCUCGGUCCCAGGUCUGGGGUCCAGAUCCAUCCCGGCUUCUGCUCCUCCGCCACCGUACAAGUACACAGAUGAUGCGCCUGCCAAGGGCAGCAAAAGCACCCCCGAGCUCGAUGAGAAAGCUGCCCAGGACGACACGCUCCAUUUCUUGGACCAUGACCACGACACAGUCCAGUCGCUGUCGCUGCGGUACGGCGUGCCCCCCGCAGCGCUGCGGCAGCGCAACAAUCUCACAAGUGAUCACCUGCUAGUCGGCCGAAAGACGAUCCUGAUCCCCGGCGAAUUUUACAAGGGCGGCGUUAGCCUGUCUCCUCGGCCUGUCGAGGGCGAGGAAGAGGAGCGGAGAAAGGGUAAAAUCCGGCGCUUCAUGACGGCUUGCAAAGUUGCCGACUAUGAUUACGCUGUAUUGUAUAUGGAGCAGGCCGGGUAUGAUAUCGAUGCUGCCAUCACUGCUUACAUGGAUGAUGAGGCCUGGGAGAGAAGUCAUCCUAACCAGAGGAGAAAUGCCGAGGCCAGCAAGGUCAAGAGUCGUGGGCUCUUCUGGAGGGGCUUGUAA